AUGCCAGACGAGACAGCUACCCACAGUAAUUACCCCUCCCUCUUCCUUUUGCUUCAUGCUCUCUAUCUCUCUCAUCCUGAAUCCUGCCUGGCUUCUCUACUCUGCAACGGCUUUCUCCAUUUCAUCGCCCUGGAUUUGUCAGUGUCCCCGCCCGAAUUCACGUUGAACCCGGUACGCGCAAAAGUGAAGCAUCAGAUAAGACGUGUUCCCAUUACGUUAUAUACCUCUGAUGUACCUUCAUGUACCCGCUAUCCCCCCCGUGGCGACAUGUCCACCACCCCCGUUUUCCCGACUGAAGGGCUCGAGGCUGUUAGGCAAGACAAGCACACAUUACACCGCAUCAUGCCCCUUUCUUCCUUCCACCGUGCGUGCCUGUUGGAUGGGCACAUGCAACUCAAUCGUCGUCGAGUCUGGAGCCACCAUCCUGGAUAGUACCAUCUCCCGUUGUUCUUUUCCUUCCUUCCUUCUUUCUAAUUCCUUUUUCCCUGUAUUUUUUUUUCUUCUUCUUGGUUCAGAGUUCCAGCCACUUCACCGCUCUCCAUGGGAA